AGGUACACUAAGAUGAAGACAGCCACCAACAUCUAUAUCUUCAACCUGGCCCUGGCAGAUGCACUGGCCACCAGCACACUGCCCUUCCAGAGUGCCAAGUACCUGAUGGAGACAUGGCCCUUUGGAGAACUGCUCUGCAAGGUUGUGCUCUCCAUUGACUACUACAACAUGUUCACCAGCAUCUUCACACUCACCAUGAUGAGUGUCGACCGCUAUAUUGCUGUCUGCCACCCUGUCAAGGCCCUGGACUUCCGCACACCUGCCAAGGCCAAGCUGAUCAACAUCUGCAUCUGGGUCCUGGCCUCAGGUGUUGGUGUACCCAUCAUGGUCAUGGCCGUGACCCGCCCCCGGGACGGGGCAGUGGUAUGCACCCUCCAGUUCCCCAGCCCCAGCUGGUACUGGGAUACGGUGACCAAGAUCUGCGUGUUCCUCUUCGCCUUCGUCGUGCCCAUCCUCAUCAUCACCGUGUGCUACGGCCUGAUGCUGCUGCGCCUGCGCAGCGUGCGCCUACUCUCCGGCUCCAAGGAGAAGGACCGAAGCUUGCGGCGCAUCACGCGCAUGGUGCUCGUGGUGGUGGGUGCCUUCGUGGUGUGCUGGGCGCCCAUCCACAUCUUCGUCAUCGUCUGGACGCUGGUGGACAUCGACCGCCGCGACCCGCUCGUGGUGGCCGCGCUGCACCUGUGCAUCGCCCUCGGCUACGCCAACAGCAGCCUCAACCCCGUGCUCUACGCCUUCCUCGACGAGAACUUCAAGCGCUGCUUCCGCCAGCUCUGCCGCAUGCCCUGCGGCCGCCCGGAGCGGAGCAGCUUUAGCCGCGCCCGCGAAACCACGGCCCGCGAACGGGUCACCGCCUGCACCCCGUCCGACGGUCCCGGCGGGGGGGCUGCCGCGUGA